GCGCCGCGCGGGUGACGCAGUGUACGCGAAGCCCAUUUAUCGCUAGCUAGCUAGCGGCAAAGCCGGCACUGACCUCGUGCUUGUCCUCUGGGUCUCUGUCCCCCUCAUCUCUCUCCUCCUCACUCUCCUCGGCUGCUCUCCUCCUCUGUCGGUGGUGCACUGCUUGCUCGAUCCUCUGCAAUGGCGGUCGACCCGCGCCAGGUGGUGGCCGGGUUCCUGACCCUGUCCAUGUUCGUCAUGCUCGGCAACAUGAUCAAGCACGACCACUUCACCCCCGUCGGCGCCGGCCAGGAGGAGUUGGGCUUGGAGGCAACAGGCAUAGAAUCAAACGAAAUUAAAAUUGCAGAUACUACUGAAAUGACUAAGGUCAACAAGGCUGGAGUGGAUCUCCCAAAGGAGACUGCUGAGGAGAUUAGACCCUGCUGGUCUAAACCAAGAUCAAAUGUUCAGGAGUCUAAGGGUUUUGUUACAUUCUCAUUGACUAUGGGCCCUGAAUACCACAUCUCACAGAUUACUGAUGCUGUGGUUAUCGCAAGAUAUUUAGGUGCAACACUUGUGCUUCCAGAAAUUAGAGGAAAUGAGUUAGGAAAGAGGCGGAAAUUCGAAGACAUGUAUGAUGUGGAUAAAUUCAUGACGAGCUUGGAUGGAGUUGUCAAAGUAGUACAUUCACUUCCUAAUGCAGUGUCUUCUAAGAAGCCAGCAGUAGUUAGAGUACCAAACCGGGUGACUGAAGAGUUCAUCACGGGAACCAUUGAGCCGAUCUUCCAAAGAAAUAACUACUUACGACUUGCGACUAUUUUCUCUUCAGUAAGUUUGAAACAGAAGGAGUCGGGUAACAAGGACUUGGAUUCGACUGCCUGCCUUGCAAUGUUCAGUGGCCUUCAGUUGAAACCUGAAUUUUCAGCAGUAGCCAAGCAUAUGUUGGACAAGCUUAAAGAAAUAAGCGAGAAAUCCGAUGGGAUGGUUAUAGCUAUUGAUUUACAGACCGAAUUGCUAGAAAAGAAGAUCUGUAAGACGAAUGGAGGUGCAAGAAGAAGAGGCUGUUAUUACCCUCAGGAAGUUGUGCACUUCCUGAAGAAGGUUGGCUUCUCUGCUGAUACAACCAUCUACUUGACGGAGACAUGGUGGCACAAAAGCCUGGAUACUCUGAAGGAGGCAUUUCCAAACACUUAUACCAAGGAUGAUAUAAUGCCGGCCGCUAACAAAGGCGAGUUCCUGAAAUCCGGGGAUUCAUACCUUGCAAGAGCACUGGACCUCAAAAUCUGCUCGGAGAGCGACGUGUUCGUCCCUGCCAUCCCCGGCCUGUUCUACGGACAUGUCGCCGGUAAGAGGAUCGCUGCAGGCCUGACAAACAUCAUAGUUCCUGCUCCAGUGUCCAGCAGUUCAGCUCUGGCUUCAGAGUUCGUCUCCACAUACGUGUCCAAGAAGAGCCAUCUUGCCUACUCAUGUUACUGCUAGUACUGUUCUUAUAUCAUCAGCAUCAGCAUCAGCAUCAAUAAGUUCAACUGAAGUGAGUUGCUUGGCCAAGCUUUGGGUACAUAUGUAAGUCCUUUUGUUGUAUACUAGUUCAUGAUGUUGUGAGGAACAGUAUCAUUUAUGUGUUACUUAAUUGUUGUUGAUAACAAAAGGAGAGAAGCACAGAAUUAGUGUGCUGAAAAAAAAAGGACACUAGAUUAGGCAUGUGGAAAGAGUGUGUGCUUCAUGUACUACCAAGUUAUGGUUCAUCAGCUGGAAAUUACUCCAAAAUACUGCUUCCAUAGAAGAUGUGAUGUGUGAAAUUCUCUUAACUUUAUAUGCUUAUUUCAGCAA